AUGAUAAAAGAAGAUGAUAUGAUCGCUCCGAGCCAAAGCCAGCUUUUCGGGCCUAAAAUUGCAGAUACAGGUGCAUCGGUUACGUGGGGCUUGAACCAUAUGGCUCGAGAGGAGGCCUUCGAGUUAUCCACUGUCGGUCCUUUCUCUCUUGUUACAAAAGCCUCAAUUUUUAAGUGCAGAUUGGAAAUAUCUAGUGGGCUGCCAGAUAUUGGAAGCAGGAGGUCUAGCAUGGAGAGUUCGGAAGAAUUCUUGAAUGCACAAACUAGGAUUACUUCAGGUGUCUUGCAUUUGUAUGCCAUGUUCGCAAAUAUGAGCUCUCGAAUUAUAGAUAUGAAAGGAGUAAUGCCACUGCCUCCACUCACCAUCACUAGUUUGUCGUGCCUAAAUACAAAGGUCCAUAGGGUCCUUCAACUGAGACCUCAAGACGAUCAAUUGAAGAAGGUGAUGAAAGCAUCUGGUGUAGCUUCUGCGACCAACUUCCUUCACUCUUAA